UUCGCUCGUUGGGCGUAAGUGGCUGUUGGGCGUGGCCAUGCGAAAUUUUGAGUUUGCAGAAUUCAAGCCGCGUGCUCAGGAGGCGAGGAUGCAGGCGCAGAGUGCAUAGUGUCACUGUCAGAACCGGGGGUAGGCUACUUUGUUGGGUUCCCAUUUUCAGAUUUUUUUAUCCAUCUCAGUCUAUCGGUAAAUGACGAGCUCGUGCCGCGUAAAGCCCAAACAUUGACGGAAAACCAUGGACAGCCAGGGAAGCCGUUGCAAGAUCGUGGUGGUAGGAGACACGCAAUGUGGCAAAACGGCGCUUUUACAUGUUUUCGCUAAGGACUGCUACCCAGAGAAUUACGUUCCCACGGUCUUCGAGAAUUACACGGCCAGUUUUGAAAUCGAUAAACAGAGGAUUGAGUUGAACAUGUGGGACACAUCAGGGUCCUCGUACUACGAUAACGUGCGGCCCCUGGCCUACCCCGACUCUGACGCUGUGCUCAUCUGCUUCGACAUCAGCCGCCCUGAGACCCUGGACAGCGUGCUGAAGAAGUGGCAGGGCGAGACCCAGGAGUUCUGCCCCAACGCCAAGGUGGUCCUGGUGGGCUGCAAGCUGGACAUGCGGACGGAUGUGAGCACGCUCAGGGAGCUGUCCAAACAGAGGCUGAUUCCCGUCACUCACGAACAGGGCAGCACCCUGGCCAGGCAGAUGGGGGCGGUGGCAUACGCAGAGUGCACGUCCAAGGUUUCGGAGAACAGCGUGCGGGACGUGUUCCACAUCACCACGCUGGCGUCCAUCAGCCGUGCCGGCCGGCCGCAGCUCAAGCGCAGCGACUCCCGCCGCGGCCUCAAGAGGGCGUCGCACCUGCCCGCCCGGACUGAGCACCUGGACGACACGCCCGCCAUAAGGAAGGACCGCGCCAAGAGCUGCACGCUCAUGUAGAGCGCCCCCCGCUGGCCGAACUGGAGAACCGCGUCCACGCGUGCGGAUAUGUACGUGUAUCGAUACAGAUGUAUAUAGAUGUGUUGCUGAGGAGAUCUAUUUAUUGUCCGUCUCAAUCCCGUUCUUGCACUGCUGAGGAGAAACGGAACGCGCCAAGAUGCCAGUCGAGCGACUGAGACUCUUUCUAGAUUGUUCUUUUCGUGCCGUUCAUUCUUUAUUGUUUACAUCGUUUUGUGGAGGGGCCGGGUCCGGGCUCCUUCUUGACACAGCCCAAGAGCAGGACUUGUGAAACGGGAUGUCCGUGCCUCUUCUGCGUUCUCAUUGGAUGAAAUCCCACGCUGGACUUUUGCGCUCUGAUUGGAUGUAAUCCUCUGCUGUAUUUUUACAGUGCUUGUGGGCUGGCUGGCUGGUUUGAGUUUGGGUGACAUUAAAAAGGACACAAGAAGGGGUAUUAAUAGGAGGCUUUACAUUUUGGGAUUAGGAUGUGGAUGGAAUCAGUGGAAUGGAAAGGGGGUAAAAGUGACUUUGAGGAGACAAUCCGUGUACAAUGCAGAGAAAUGACUUGCAAUGAAAUCCAUAAGUAUUUGGACAGUGACACAUUUGCCGGUGUUCUUUUUUCGGCAAAGUGCAGACUGGCAGCUUUAAUUUGAUGGUAUUCAAAUGAUCCACUUUGGGUGAUCAGGAUACGAAUUACAGCCCUUUUUAUAUAUAUAUAUAGUUCCCCUAUUUUAGGGGACCAAACGUAAGAGGAAGACAAUCUUAAAUAAAAUGUCAUGUUUAGUACUUGGUUGCAAAUCCAUUGAAUCAAUGACAUCUGUGUUUCACAAAUGUGGGAGGUGCUUUUUAUCCUAAGCAGUUUCUUUCCCCCACACUUUCCUCUUUCCCUCACUUUGGUAUCGGUUAACACUUGUCUCAUCUGUCCAUAAGACUGUAUUCCAGAAUGGUACAGUUCCUUAAAAUGUACAUUUUAGCAAACUUUGGCCAUUCUUGUUCUUAAGGCUUACUAGUGGUCUUGUGGUGAAUCCUCUGAGGUUAAGCUGGUGUAGUCUUCUCUUUAUGGUGGUCUUUCACACAUCUACACCUACAUCUUUCAGAGUUUUCUUGAUCUGUUCAACAGGUUAAAAAGGGUUUUCUUCUCACAUUUUAACAUAUUCUUCUGUCAUCCACUACAGUGGUUUUCCGUAGUCUACCUGGCUGUUUGCUAUUGCUCAAUGUUCUUGCUUCUUAACGAUGUGUCUAACAGUUGAAUUUGACACACCCAAAGUUUUGCCUUUGUCCCUGAUUGAUUUAUUCCGAUUUUUCAGUGGCAUGAGGGACUGUUUUACUGGCAUUGAUACUUCUUUGGCCCUCAUGUUGAGACAACAGCAACAGGCUCCAAAUGCAAAUGCCAAACCUAAAAUAAACUCUUGGACCUUUUGUUAGCUAUUUUGUGCAUGAACUACUGAUGCAGUGACACACAGCCUACCAAGAAACAGCUGAGCGGCCAAUUGUCCAAUUACUUUUGGUUCCGUAACUUCCCUAAAACAGGGAAACUAUGCAUAAGAGGGCUGUAAUUCUAUCCUACAGUACACAGAUCAAGAAAUAUGGGUGGAAGUACCAAAUACCAUCAAAUAAAAGCUUGUGGUCUGCAUUAAUUUCAAAUCCAAUGCCUUGAAGUACAGAGCCAAAACAACACAAAUUGUCACUGUCAAAUACUUACUGCACUGUAUCAUACACGAGUGUAAGAAUUGAAUGUGAAGAAGGGUUAAAAUAAAAAAGGACUGCUGGUGUAUGUUGAAAUUCUAAUAUAAAGUUUCUCUUUUAUGAAGAAUAUUAGUUGUGGACCCUGGAGGAUGUGGUGGGAUUGGUCAGUCUCUAAAUGGUUCUUGAAACCGCAAGUGCUUUCAAGAUAUUUCUUAGUAUGACUUUUUGUUAUUUAUGUCUCUUAACUUUGUAAAAAAAAAAAAAAAAAAAACAUGUCAGAUUUACUUUGUUGAAAUAAUUAUUGGUAUUACUUCAUAAAGUUUUAUUUUGAGGGCUGUUUUUGCAGUAUUUUCACUGUAUCUGUGCAGAGUGGAAAUAAAACAGCGUUGCCCUGGUA